UAAAAGUUAUCAUCGAAACGAAGGGUGCAAGGCAAUGCACACUGCGUCGCUGUCGGCUAAUAAAUCGUACCGGGUUGUGAGGUUGUCGUCAUCAUGAGUGCAUCAUAAUGAGGAAGGCAGAAGAUAGUGGACAAAUCCGCGGUACAGAAUCCACCGUUCAAGGAAUAUUUUUCUUACGUUAUCGCUUGCACUUAAAUGUCAAAUCGAUUAAUGUUAUAUCGACAGGAGUUAUAUACAUCCCAAACAUAAAAUAACAUCUUGUAGCGACGUCUUUAGGCGUGGAGCAUCCGUAACAAUGGAGUUGUAUUUAAAAGUGCAGCCUUGGACAAGGUAUGUCUCGGUUUUUCUUAUUUUAUCUGCCACGUUGGACACAGGGUCUGCAGUAACGCACUAUUCUAUACCUGAGGAAAUGACAGUAGGCUCCGUGGUCGCCAAUUUGGCUGCAGAUUUAGGCUUGGAUGUCAAAACUCUGAACAAACGUAAGAUGCGUCUGGAUAUUAUCGCCAACAAAAAAUAUCUAGACGUGAACAAAGAAACAGGAGAGCUUUUCAUUGUCGAAAAGAUUGACCGAGAAUAUCUUUGCACAACUAAAACAACAUGUUAUCUAAAAAUGGAGGUGAUACUUGAAAAUCCUUUGAGGAUUUUUAACAUAGAAUUAGAAAUGUUGGAUAUUAACGACAACGCUCCCCAAUUUAGACGAGAAGCAAUACAUCUUGACAUUUCUGAGUCCACGUCAGCCGGGGAGAGAUUCUCUCUCAGCAAUGCGGUAGAUCCCGAUGUUGGUAUAAAUUCAGUAAAGACAUAUUAUCUUAGUGAAAGUCAACACUUCAAUAUUGAACUUCAGACCGGUAGGGAUGGGUCAAAGUUUGCAGAUUUGAUUUUGAAAAAGGCUUUGGACAGAGAAGAGCUGGCUAUUCAUGAUUUAAUACUCACAGCUGUAGAUGGCGGAGUCCCUACGCGCUCCGGUACAGCCAGUAUUUUUGUUCGUGUGUUAGAUACGAAUGACAACGCCCCUCAGUUUGAUAAGGAAACAUAUAACAUUAACGUGAUGGAAAACUCUCCUAUUGGGGCACUUGUAGUUAAAUUGAAUGCGACUGACUUAGACGAAGGAUCCAAUUCAGACAUUCUUUAUUCUUACAGUUUGUAUACAUCUGAGAAAACACAAAACACGUUCAGUUUAAACGAAAAUAGUGGGGAAAUAACGGUGAAAGAAUUGAUUAAUUAUGAAGAUUUCAGAAUGUAUGAUAUGGAUGUAAUAGCCACUGAUCAAGGGGGUAAUCCUUUAUCAGGUCAGUGUAAACUACACAUUUUAGUUACAGAUAUGAAUGAUAAUCACCCUGAAAUAUCCAUUAAAUCAUUCCAGAGUCCAAUCAAGGAAAAUGUAGCCAUAGAUACAGUGAUAGCUGUGGUUAGUGUCAGUGAUAAAGAUUCAGGUGGAAAUGGGGUAGUUGAUUUACAUAUUCCAAAGAAUUUACCAUUUGCGUUAAGAAAAUCUUCUGAUAACUUUUAUGAGUUGGUAGUUUCAGAGCCUUUAGACAGAGAGAAAGUGCCAGAAUAUGACAUUACUUUCACUGUUACGGACAGGGGUUCCCCUCCGUUAUAUGACAAUGAAACUAUGACUUUAGAACUACUGGACGUUAACGACAACGUCCCACAGUUCCCUCAGUUGUUCUACACUAUACCCGUUACAGAGAAUAACGCCCCUGGUGCCUUGUUAAGUUCCCUCACAGCGUUUGAUCCUGACCUCCAUGAAAACCAGUAUCUAGUUUAUUUCAUAAUUGAAAAGGAGAUUGUGAACACCUCCAUGUCCAUGCUGUUCUCCAUCAAUCCGGAGAACGGUAAUCUUUACGCACUAAAGACGUUUGACUACGAAAUAGAAAAUGAGUUUAUUUUCCACAUUGAGGCCAGAGACUCCGGUGUCCCUCCACUCAGCAGUAACGUGACUGUGCACAUUAUUAUUGUGGAUCAGAAUGACAACACACCAGUCAUCGUCUCUCCGUGGCGCGCACACGGCUCCGUUGUGGAGGAAAAGAUCCCCAGAUCCACCGAUAAAGGAUCCCUAGUUUCCAAAGUGAUAGCUAUAGACACUGACUCGGUACAAAACUCUCGGAUAACAUACCAGUUUCUCCAGGUGACUGAUGCCACCUUAUUCAGUCUGGAUCAAUACAACGGAGAGAUCAGGACUAUGAGAAUGUUCAGUUACAGAGACCCACGUCACCAACGGCUGGUUGUCAUCGCCAAGGACAACGGAGAGCCUGCACUCUCUGCUACAGUCACCAUCAAGCUGUCCACGGUGGAGACUGCUGUUAAAGCCUACUCUGACAUGACUGAAGUGCCUCUAGAAUAUGACAUCUUCUCUGACCUCAACCUGUAUCUGGUGAUCGGACUGGGCUCGGUGUCGUUUCUGUUACUGAUCACCAUAUUGGUCACCUGCGUGCUGAAGUGUCAGAAACCAAAGCCCAGCAAAGCGGCUCCUCCCUGCAGGAACAGCGUGAUCAGCGAGAGGAACUCCACCAUCGCGGAUUCCACCCUGGUCUCCAACGAUGCGUACUGGUAUAGCAUGUUUCUUGCGGAGACGAGGAAGGGAAAGCUCGUAGUCAGACAGCCUGUGCCAAAGGGCUCCAGGUACAUCGUGUCCAGUAUUCCAAGAAGCACGGGACUGACUGAGACCAGCGACUCAGCUGCUUCUACUCUGCAGGUAAGAUCUUUUUGAACUGA